UAGCAAGCCUACUUGUGAUGAGUGUUAGCAGCCUACUGGACGCGUUGGGUAGUAGCAGUGACACAUGCGGAGACUCCAUGCUACUUUAUAAGAGGCGCCAAGUGAGAGCGUGAGAGAGCGGAGUGUGCCGUUGUAAAAGCAGUGUAUAUAUCUCGGUGCUCUUGCUCAGCACUUUUCCCAGAGAUAAACACAUUGCCUGUUAUUUCUAGGCAUACUAGGUGCGUAACCCAGCCAGGUUCAGACAACUUUGCUGCACUUAGCUUCCCUGGAUACUUUGCAUCACUGAGAACUUCAACUAAGCCCAUGGCGUUACUGGUGAAGUGCUCCUGUUUAUUGCUGGUUCUAUGUGCCUGUCUCAUCCUUGCUGUCUGGGCAGAGUGUAGCAAAGACUGUGCUCACUGCACAUACCAUCUGGGGCAACAGGCAGAAAUCAACCCACUGUCCUGUACCCUAGAAUGUGAAGGCAAAUUGUCAUCUACCAAAACUUGGGACAUGUGCAAAGAAUUACUGCAGGCAGGCAAAUCAGAAGGUACACAAGAAGGAGAAAGCACAUCUACAGAAAAUGAGAAAGAAAGUCUUGAGCGUCUGCUGGCCAAACGGUACGGUGGGUUUAUGAAAAGGUAUGGUGGAUUUAUGAAGAAAAUGGAUGAACUCUAUCAUCUUGAGCCUGAAAGUGAAAACAAUGGAAGAGAAAUACUGGCCAAACGAUAUGGGGGUUUUAUGAAGAAGGAUCCAGAAACUGGUUCCUUGACAGAUUCUUCUGACCUUCUUAGGGAUCUCCUCUUUGGUGGUGACAACAGAGAGGGUGACUAUUAUAUGGAGAAUACUGGUAAGGAAAACAACGUAAUGAAAAGAUAUGGGGGUUUCAUGAGAAGCCUUAAGAGAAGUACAGAUCAAGAAGAUAUGGCCAAAGACCUUCAAAAGCGAUAUGGUGGUUUUAUGAGAAGAGUAGGCAGGCCAGAAUGGAAGCUGGACAACCAAAAACGAUAUGGUGGUUUUAUGAGGCGCUUUACUGACCCUUUAUUCUCUGAAGAAGAUAGUGAAAUGAAUUCAACAGAAGAUCCUGACACUGAAAAAAGAUAUGGUGGAUUUAUGGGAUAUUAGAAGCCAAACAAAAGACUGACUUAUUUAUCAUAUUUAUUGUACUGUGUUGCUUGCACUGUACAGUUUUUUACUGUCUAGUUAAAAUAAAAUUCAGCCUCUUAUUUUAAGAUUUUUGUUAUUUAAAAGUGAAGAACCUAUGUCUGUUAAGUCAUAUUUAAGUCGUACUGUAGUUUUCAGGCUCAAAUCAAUGUUUGUUAAAUGUUAUCUAUUUUUGCAUUUAAAUAUAGAUUUAACUCCUACUGCUUAGCUGUACAUAAAAUAAAUUUGUCAUCUUAAUUGCA